AUGUCACCCAAGAGAAGCAUUAUCGUCACGGGAGGAGCCUCCGGCAUUGGGCUGGGCAUAACCCGACACUUCAUCAGCGAGCCAAAUACUCACAUCACCAUUCUGGAUGUGAAUCCUACGACGGGCGCCCAAACACUGGACCAGCUCCGCAGUGAAUUCCCAUCGGCUGGAGUCUCGUUCGAGUCCUGUGAUGUCUCAUCGUGGGAAAGCCAAGCCGCGGUUUUUGAAAGAAUAUAUGAACAGCAAGGCCGGAUUGACGUUGUUUUCGCCAACGCGGGUAUCACGGAGAAGGGUACUCUCCUGCCCGAGAAUGUGGAUAGCAGCAAAGGACCGACAAAGCCGAAUCUGGCGACUGUGAAUGUGAAUUUUGUUGGGGUUAUAUACUCGACAAAGCAUGGUGUCAUUGGACUCGUGCGGUCCCUAGCUCGCCCGUUAGAAGCACAGAGCAUCAGGAUCAACGCAUUGGCUCCGGCGGUAAUUGCCACAAACAUAGCACCAAGCAAAGAAUUGUUCAAGUCGAUGAUUCUCACACCCAUGUCAACGGCGGCAAAAGCUGUUGCACAGCUUGUCGGAGAUGAGACACUGACAGGGAGGGUUGCGGAGCUGCAUGGAGAGCAUGUUACACUUGCUGAGCCGCCGGCGUACGUUGAUGAGGAUACUGACCAGGAUAUCAGAAAUUGCCGACGCCGACCCUCUAGCCAGCCAUGGGGGAAGAACCAGAACACCACAAAGAACCACCGAAACGCCUAA